CACACUAAGUAGCGUAGUUAAAUGUAAACAGGAAGUGGAUACACGGGGUUCGUUCUUGGCCUGUGAGUCUUUUGAGAUUGAGACUACAUUUUUGUUCAUUUUAAUCGGAUAAUUACAUAUCUACAGAAUUAUUUUUAUAGUAGCUUGUAUAUUUGUUUUACGUAAAAUAUUUUAACAUGUCCGGAUCAUCGAGGCCAGGUGAAAUGUCCAAUUCGCAGUUGUUCCAGCAGUUAGCGCUUUUGGGCUGGCUCCGUUCAGACAGCGAAAAAGACAAGGAGAUCUUAACGGCCAUCACAGGCAUUCAGGUGGCACGAGAGCUCAUUAACCGUCUCACAGGACAAAGAGAAGUGGACGCUUUUAAGAAAGAAUGUAUCCAGAGCAUUGCAGACUUUGUGCAGAAGAAUCCACGUGCCUCACAAAAGGAAAUCAACACAGAAGUUGAGAAGCAUGUCUUGCUUUUUGCUGCUCGAGUACAGGCCCUUGAUUCUGCACCCCUACUAUGAGUCCCACACAGCUUACACACAGCUUCUUUGUUGUAGCUCACUAUCGCUGACUGACCACUGUGUCUGAAUAGAAACGCUUCUAAAAUUAUGAAAUUAUUACACCAAUCAAGGUAUGCCUACACACAUGGGUUCUAUCUGCGCUCUCUCUCUCUCAUGCUGUAUUGCAAACAACCCUAUUGCAAUGUUGUGCUACAGUACAAAGAAUACUGGAUAAAAAGCUUUAUGUCAUGGACCAGGAGAUGACCAGACAACUGUACAUUUUGGUAACAUUCCAAUAAUUCCACCAGCCAGUCUGUUUAGAUUGUUAUCGAACCUAAUUUAAUCUAAACCAUGUUUUUGAUAUAAUUUUCAUAACUUAGAUAGCCUUAUCUAAGGCAGAUGUAAUUGUUAUCUAUCUGUUUUAUGUUGUCUUCAUAUAUUGUCUAAUAUUAUACAUAUUGCCUUAUUUUAAUUAUUGUAAUGAAUUGAUAUUAAAAGGGAGACUCUUCUGA